UUUUCUUGAAUUAUCUUCUCAUCUUGCAAGUUCGACUGGCUACGCUUUUGGUGUAUUUGGUGCAAAUUUAUCAUCUUCUCUCUCCAAUCUUUUUUCAGUUUUUUUCUUGAUGAUACCAUUUUCAACGAACUUUAAUGAAUAUUGAUUGAUUGGAGCAAUCAGUUAUCAGAUUUUGUGGAACGAUUCCUUUGAAAAAUUGGCGAUUUCUCAAUAUUUGGAUUUGUUAAUUCAACAAUCCGAUUAUAACAAGUAAUUGUAAGAGGUUGAUUUGUUAGGGUUUUAAAUCUGCGUUAAUGUCGAAUCGAGAGGAACAAGAAUUAAUGAUCGGUGACGGCAGCAUCGACGGUGACGAUGAUACUCGGGAGUCUAAUAUCAACGAGAUUGUUGAAUCGGAAGAUACGAGUACGAACGUUGAGUUUUCCGUUGGAAAUUUAACGAAGAACGGUGAAACUAGUGGAUCGAGGAAUUUGACGAAUCGAUUGAGUGAGAUAUUAGUUGAAGAAGGUGAUGGAGAUCUGUUGUUGCAACAAAGUGAUAGAGAGAGUAAUUUUCUUCGAUGGCUUCAAGCUUUGGAUUUUCAGCACAUUGGAGCUUGUCGUAUUGAUGAAAGAUUAAAGCCUUUGUUGAAGAUUAAUGUGUCAGCGGGUGUUGCUGAAGAUUGCCUUCUCUCUCAUCUCAGCCAGUACUUUGAACCAUCGGAAGUUGGAUUGUUGGCGAGAUGUUUAUGCGUUCCGCUCGUUUCCAUGCGUGUCGGAAAGGUGGAGAAGCAAGGAUCGAUGUUGUUUCCAACUUCUUUGAGGGGAUAUCUGAAUCUCACUCUCCUUCCAUCAUCUGAUUUGCGUAUCUCAUUUAUUGGGGACAACGAUCUGACAGAAAGGCUUGCGACAUUAACUGAUACUUCUGAGUGUUCCUCUGUAAUUGUGGAAGAAAUACCUGCAGAUCAGUCUGGUCGGUCAUUUCUAGUGAAGCUUCCUGAUGGAGAAACAAUGUACUUCUGGUGUGCUGAGAAAUCAAAGCUACUAGGAUGUGACCUGCUUUUGAAGAUGAAGGAUUUGCUUAAGAGGAAACCAACCUUGGCUGAACUAACUGGCAUUAGUGAAUCACGUCUUGAACAGUUUGCAACUCACUUGCGUUCCUAUCUUGUGUGCCCUGUUGUGAACAAUCUCAAAGCUUCUUCAACAGCUUUGUCUGCUCCUUGGACAAUUAUAAGAGCAGAUGCGGUUGAUGUAGGUGAGAAUACGCAAUCUUCCUCGACUACAGCAAGGCCUAUGCGUAUGAGACAGAGUGGUGGUCAAACAAUGAAAGGACAUACACAAAAUCAAGGCAUACUCAGUCCACGGCCCAACUUAUUCAAAGAAGGUGUACCAAGGAGUCUUGCUUACUUAAGAAGUACCUCAAGAGAAAAAUUAAGGCGACGUGCAGAUCGCGAUAAUCCUGCUGUUGGCAGCACAAUUAUGACAAAAGCAGUUUUAAAUAUUUCUGAGAAGGGUGAGCCUUCAGAAGCUUUCACAUCCAACUCCAUUUGUCCAUUGAGCUUUCUGGAAUCACUUGGAAACCGUAGUGUUCCAGAAUCUACAAAUGUCACUCCUCAAAUGCCUCCUAUCGGUGGAUUUACCUCUCCUUAUUAUUGUUGGUGCCCCCCAUGCACUACCCCAUCGAUGGCACCAAUUUCAAAACUCCCGACUUCAUUAGCUGAACCCUUCUCUCUGCCGCCCCUACCCACCCUUUUACCAGCUACAGGAACCCUCAGCAUGAUCCCUCAAAUUCCUCCACUAGACCUUGCUAGUGUACCGUCACUUGAAUUUCCGGCAUUGUUGUCAGAUCCACUCACCAGACGUUCCUUUGUUAAGCAAAGCACACAAUUUCCUACUUUUACACCCUUAAUGUGUGACCCAAUCGUGCACAUUCCUGUAAUUGAUGUAUGCUCUUCCGGCCAAGGCUACUUGGUGAGUGCAGGACCGGGUAUCACAACCAGCAUUCCUCCAUUGCACCCCAAGCUGAUGGGUUCAAUGAUGUCGGAGAGUGAAUCAAUGGUAGACAAAGGUGCAAGGGAGACCUUGAGGCUGUUGAUUGGAGGAUCAAGCGGCCAAUCCUCUGCCUCACUUCUGGGAGGUUUUCCUCCUGUUUUGAAGGACGAGGAUAACCAGGGUGUCGUAGUUGCUGGAAGCCGUGGUCUCUACAGUGGGAUUAGCGAUGUUAAUGCCAUUGUUCACAGCUUUGCAGCUGUGGGAUUGACUUCAGUUUCUGAGAGGUCCACGAGAACUGCUGGCUUGAAGAAUAGUUAUACUUCUGCUUCAGAUGUUGAACAUACUUGUAACAAUCUGGAUUUGCAAGAUUCUUCAUUCAUGUCCAAGGAGGAGGAAAGUCAUUUUGAUUAAGCGGCAAGUAAGCUUGAAAAACUUGUAAUACCUGUUUGUGGGCCAAGUUUGGUUAAAUUGUGAAUUAUGAUAAUUUGUAGAUAUCAUUAGCUUUUGUAAGUUCUGGCCGUAUGUAAUUAAGCCUUUUGCUCUACCUACUUUUGCUGGCAAACGUUACGUGAAUCAAGUGUAAAUGAUCUGUCCUCCACCCUCCUCUUCUUGACCCUAACUUGUGCGAAAUAUUGGGUUGAUUACUGUAACUGAUUUUGAUUGCGUAUUCCAGCAUAAAACAUUGCCACUAAAUUGUGGACUGUGGAGUGCAGGCCGCCGCCUACAAUGCAUAGAAAAUUUUCAAUGCUCUAAAUUCUGAAAUAAA